CCGGUCGCCGGGAAGGUGGGCCGAGUGGGAGCGCGUCACCUGAUUCCGGGAACAGGCUUACCCAGCCGACUGGAGCCCCAGGCGGGCAGGAGGAGGACGCGUGUGCGAGGGAGGACGGGGGCUGCCUGCCGCCCGCCCCCUUUAAAAGGCUCCCUUGCCAGCGGCCGGCGACAUCGGCGCCGCCGCCUGCCCGCAGACGGGCCACCCGAGCGAUGUCGCAACCUCCGGGCAGGAUGCACGCCAAGCGAGCCGGCAUCAGAGCAGCUGUUGUCCUCAUCGGAUUGUUGCACAAGUCCCGAAAGCAAAAUAAAGAGAAGAGGAAACAAGAGGCGUUGAACAACACAGAUAUGGCAGCUCCAGAGAGACCCUUAUCUCCACCAUUCACUGCUCCACCAAGCAUGAAGUCUGCAGAGUUCUUUGAAAUGCUGGAAAAAAUGCAGGCACCAAAAUUAGAGGAACAGAGAAGUGGAAACCAGAAGAAUAAGGAGGACUACAUCCCAUAUCCCAGCAUUGAUGAGAUUAUAGAAAAAGGCAGCCCCUAUCCCUUAAUCAUCCUGCCUCAGUUUGGGGGCUACUGGAUUGAAGACCCCGAGAAUGUCAGCACACCCUCAUCGGAGAGCAGCAUCUGUGAAGAGGAAGAAGAGGAACGGAGCCCUAGUACUUAUGGCUACAAACUGGAGUGCAAAGGAGAGGCCAGAGCAUACAGGAAACACUUUUUGGGAAAGGAUCACUUAAAUUUUUACUGCACAGCCAGCAGCCUGGGAAAUUUGAUCCUUUCUAUUAAAUGUGAAGAGGCAGAUGGGAUUGAAUAUCUAAGAAUUAUUCUCAGGUCCAAAGCAAAAACGUUACAUGAAAGAAUCCCCUUAGCAGGACUUAGCAAACUACCAAGCAUCCCACAGAUUGCAAAGGCUUUCUGCGAUGAUGUGACCGGACUGAAGUUUAAUCCUGUGCUGUACCCCAAGGCAUCUCAAAUGAUAGUAUCCUAUGACGAACAUGAGGUCAACAACACUUUCAAAUUUGGUGUGAUUUACCAGAAGUUUAAACAGACACAGGAAGAAGACCUCUUUGGGAACAACGAAGAGAGUCUUGCGUUCAAGGAUUUCUUGAGUUUGCUCGGAGAUACUGUAACACUCCAGGAUUUCAAGGGCUUUCGUGGCGGUCUCGAUGUCACUCACGGGCAGACAGGCACAGAGUCUGUGUACACAGUGUUCAGAGACAGGGAGAUUAUGUUUCACGUCUCCACCAAGCUUCCUUUUACCGAAGGAGAUGCCCAGCAGCUUCAGAGAAAGAGACACAUUGGCAACGACAUCGUGGCAAUCGUAUUUCAAGAAGAAAACACUCCCUUUGUUCCAGACAUGAUUGCCUCAAAUUUUCUGCACUCCUACAUUGUUGUCCAGGCAGAAAAUCCUGAAACAGACAAUACAUCCUACAAAGUUGCUGUCACUGCACGAGAAGAUGUUCCUUCAUUUGGUCCUUCACUGCCAAACCCACCCAUAUUUCAGAAAAACUCAGAAUUUCGAGAAUUUCUUCUCACCAAGCUGAUCAAUGCAGAGAACGCCUGUUGCAAGUCGGACAAGUUUGCAAAGCUUGAGGACCGGACUCGAGCUGCUCUGUUGGAUAACCUCCACGAUGACCUCCAUGUCCACACACAAGCGAUGCUGGGCGUGGGAUCUGAGGAAGACAAGCUGGAGAAUGGCGGCCAUGGAGGAUUCUUGGAAUCAUUCAAGAGAGCCAUCCGGGUCCGCAGCCACUCUAUGGAAACCAUGGUUGGAAGCCAGAAGAAACAUCAGAGUGGAGGAAUCCCUGGAAGCUUGAGCGGAGGGAUUGCACACAACAGUGCUGAAAUAACAAAGACCACUUUUUCUCCUCCAGUAUCAGCAACCACAGCCACAGCCAAGAAUCAGUCAAGGAGUCCCAUAAAGAGGCGGUCAGGGCUGUUCCCUCGUCUGCACACCGGAUCAGAGAGCCAGGCAGAACCCCGGACUCGAUGCGAUAGUGGCUCAGGAACGCCUAAAACCCCUGAAGGAGGACAUUCCUCCCAAGAAAUCAAGUCAGAAGCCUCCUCAAACCCAAGCUCUCCGGAAAUCUGUCCCAACAAAGAGAGGCCAUUUAUUAAACUCAAAGAGAAUGGAAGGUCAAAUAUCUCCCGUUCAUCCUCUAGUACCAGCAGCUUCGGUAGCACAGCAGGGGAGAGUGAAAACAUGGAAGAGUACGAAAGCCUGAGCAGCCAGCCUUCCACAGCUUCGCCGUUCAAGCAAGAUGUCUUUGUCUACAGCCCUUCCCAAAGUAAUGAGAAUCCAGUUCUGGCAUCUGCAGCAACUCCAGUGAUCAUGAGCAGGAGUCCUACAGAUAUGAAGAGCAGGAAUUCUCCGAGGUCAAAUCUUAAAUUUCGUUUUGAUAAACUUAGCCAUUCAAGUUCUGGCCCGACACAUUAGCUGAAGGAUAAAACCACACAGACCUCCAAUAAGGGCAUUUCUGUUUCGAUUUUGUUUGUUUUUAAGGUGAAAAUGCUCUUUUUGCCACACUAAGCACCACUGCUGCAUAUGACAUGCACUUCGGUCCUAGGCCAAUCUUUCCAUUAGAUGCGACUGGAAAAGAUGCCCAAGGAAAUGAGCCAAACAGGUUGUGGGAUUCUUCUCCCCACCACCGCCACCAUUCACACUUCAUUUUUUGUGAUCCGAAGGACGUCACAGGGAGGAGAUGGAGUUUUGCUGCCAACGUGUACUUGAAUCAGCUUCUCUGUUAUUCAUUCGGCUUUUUGAAACCUGCGAACAUUAUCUGCUCCUUGUUCUCAGUUAUCCGUGUUUGACUUAAGGGUCACAAGCGCUGCUCUCCUUGUGUACCUUCUGAGUUGAGAAAGUUGUUUUAGUUUUUUUAAGAAACAUAUUCUUAUAAUCCUUAGCUGUACUGUGGGCUAGUUCCUUUCCUACCUGGAGCUUGAGAAGACUCUCAUACAGCUGCAAAUGCCCUUUCUGUUUUCCUGUCUUUCUAAUGCUAAUGCUAAUGGACUUUGUUAUUUCGAUGUUCUGAAAGUGGUAGAAAGCUCCACCUCUUGAAGAGAACUUCAGCUAAUACAGAAUGUGGCAUCUUUGCAACCUUUUCUGUUCCUUCUGUCUCUCUCCUGCCCCCUUUUCUCUCCAACUUCAGUUCUGGAAUGUAAGAAAAGCCCUGCCUCCAUUAGUCCAGCCUCCUGUGGCCAAUCAGAUGUCUCUAGGAAGCCUGCAGCUGGGGCAUGCAAAUGACAGCCCUCUCUAGUGGCACACUGCCUGUGAACCUGGUCAUCUCGUUUAGCUUCCAGCUAUGUCUCCUCCUCCAUGGAAUUGCUGAACCUCCCUUUACAUCUUUUGAAGUGAAUGGCUGUUGGAAAAACUGGUGCCAGUGAGUUUUGGAAAGAAGUACUUCCUAUUGCAGGUGUGGGGGACCUCUGGCCCUCCAGAUGUUGCUGGACCUGCAGCUCCCAUCAUCCCCGGCUUGCUGGGUCUGGUGGGAGUUGUAGUUCCAUAACAGCAGGAGGGCCUAAAGGUUCCCCACACAUUUCUCCCCAUACCUCAGCCUUCUGUGUUCAUGUUUCGUGGAGUGACCAGACCCCCCGCCCAAGUUCUCUCUCUCACCACUUUCUCCACACUGUGCCUAAUUUGAUGAACCUUAAUCAUACCCUUCUUCCCCAAUUAAGUCAUCCUGCUGUCUUAACUUCUGCAACUGGUUUUCUGGGCACAAUUUAAGGUGCUAGAAUUAACUUGUAGAGUUCAAAAGGGUUACAUGCCUUUCAGACCACCAUUGUAGUCUUUAUAACCAGUCAAGGGCAGUCAUUUGAUAGUAUCCUUCAUUGGAGAAAUCCAAGCAGCAAGGGAGGAUUUAAAGAAAUGGGCGGGCUCAUCUUUAGCUUGGGGGGGUCCAGUAGUUCAAAAUAGGUACCAUCUGAAUGCAUUGCAGUAUAGGUACAGGCAAGCAAGCAAUAUUCUUGUUAGUUGAAAUCUAUAAUUCUUUUGUUGUUUAAAUAUGAAAGAGUUGAAUCCAGUGUCGGUUCUAUUCAGUGCAGAGCAGACAAAGAGAGGGGAGGCCCUCAAAGUGCUGAGUCAGCAACCAGUUGAAAACAAAGGUGGUAAUUGUUUAUUACAGCCCGACGCGUUUAUUAAAGCUCAUACAAAAACUGUUUUGUACACGGAUGAGAUAGCAGCAUGCUACUUGUCCAAGGUUGCCUUGAUAAAGGGUUUUUUGAUAGCCAAAACAUGUCGGGCUGUAAUAAACAAUUGCCACUUUCAUUUUUGGCUGGUUGUUGACUCGGCACUUCAAGGGGCCCCCCUUUUGUCUGCAGUGCAUUUGGGAUGCCUCCCUCUUCACUCUCCUGCUCUACUCAGAGCAGACCUAUUGACAUUAAAGGACAUGACUAACUUAGGAUCCUGAGUUAUAGUAGCAGUGAACCCAACCAGGUCUACUCUGAGGUCCAUUAAUUUCAAUGGGUCUACUCAGAGUAGAAUUUAGAUGAGUACAUUCCAAAGCUUUUUUUAAAAUACAAUUAUUAUUACACAUUACCCAGAGAAAUUGUAGAACAAAACUCAAAUUGGUCCAUAAACCCAAUGGUGGACCUGAGGUAGAAGAUGUGUGGAGGAUCCUAACAUUUUGUUGUCAUUUGAUAUCAGCUUUGGGAGGCAUGCCACUUUGAAAGGAGGAGCAGCAGGGAGAGGGGCUGCUUCAACUUUCCACUUUGCCCAUUUGCCUGUUUGAAAUCACCUUCCUCCCCAGGUGCUUUUCUCUGAGCAGCAGUAGAUACAUGGGACCCUGCCUCUUUUCCCCACAGGUGGAAAAGCAGCCAGGAUGUGUGUGCGAUCUGGAGAGGAAAAAGAGAAAGGGUGAAAACACUUCUUCAGGGAAUGACUGUAGCUCAGGAUAGAGCACCUGCUCUGCGUGCAGAAGAUCCCAGGUUCAAUCCCCAAUGGGGUAAGGCUAGGAGACACUUCCUGGCUGAAUCCCUGGAGAGCCACUGCCAGUCAGUGUAGGUGGUGCUGAGCUGGAGGGACCAAUGGUCAGACUCAGCAGAAGGCAGCUUCCCAUGUUCCUCCCCUCACUACUUACUCUGCUCAUGAUUGCAGCCUCCAAGGUUGCUUUUCCAGUUAAUAAACAGGGAAACUGCUUGUGUGUGCAUCUCUUCCCUAAGACCAAGCUGGGCCUUAAUAGGAACAAUCAAUAAUGAUUGUUAAUGGCCUGACUCCACCCCCGCCCCCAGCAUGGCACUCAAUAUCGAGAGACAGGCCUGAAAAAUGCCUGGCCCCAGGCUUAAAAUCAGUGAAAAAGAGGCAUGUAAGGAAUAUGAAAGCACAGAAACCACAUGGUGGGAAUCUCCAGUGUGGUUUCAAGUGCCUGAGAAGGGGAGUUUAACACGGUCUUUGCUAGCAGAAGGUCCCAGGUUCCCUGGGCUGGGAAAGGGUUAGGGUUUUGGCAUCUGGUUGGCCACUGUGAGAAUAAGACACUGAACUAGAUGGGCCGUUUGCCUGAUCCAUCAGGGCUCUUCGAAUGUUCUUAAGGCCUUCUUGCUGCCCUGGGCUUCUUCAGGAGGCUGGAUGGUACUGUACAAAAGUAAAAAUAUUCAUGCAUCACCCCAUUCUCUUUUGUUUCUGGCACAUGACUCCCAGAAGGCUGCCCAGAAGAGGAUAUGGCCCUCAGGCUGAAAAAAGUACUGCAUCCCUUAUCUUGGGAACAGCAGUGCUGUUGGUUAAGGUGGGCCUC